AUGAAGGACAUAAGCCGUCAUCCCUUCCCCGACUUCUAUCACCCUCUCGCCCCCAAGUUCAUCCGCGUCUUUGAGCUUGAAGCCGGCAAAUUCUCGGACCCCAUCGUCGGGCGGCUGGUGCCGCAGGCAAUGGAAGCGGAGCCGUACGAGGCCAUAUCAUACGUUUGGGGUGACCCACAAAAGCGGCGCGACAUCACCAUAGAUGGAGCGACGCUGUCUGUGACAGAGAACCUGCAUGGGGCGCUGACGGCCUUCCGACACCGACCAGUUGCUGGGGGCAGCGAAGAGCUAGAUGCAGGCAAGGCACCAGCGCAACGACAACCAGUGCGGCGGUUAUGGGUUGACGCAGUGUGCAUCAACCAGGAUGACCUGCAAGAACGCCUCUCCCAAGUCAAACUCAUGUCUUUCAUCUAUGCCGGCGCGAGUCGUGUCCUCUCGUGGCUCGGCUGGGAAACGAGCGAAGUUGGUCGCUUCCUAACCCAGGACGCCAUCCGCUUCAUACACGCUUUCAUGAAAGACCCCGAGACUGGCCUCUGCGAUGCGCGUAUCCUCCUUCACCACGACUACCUAGCUGACCCCACCGCCGACGUCGCUCAUUUAUCCGAGGACGACCGGCGCCGAUUUGAGGAGCAGGCAUACAAGUGGGAGGCUAUCAGAUUUUUCUUCGACAUUGAAUACUUCCACCGUGCGUGGAUUGUGCAAGAGCUUGGUCUCGCCCGCCAGGCUCUCUUGAUCACGGCUCUGAAGCCCGCCGAUGACAGUACCAAAUCUGAUAAGGGGAUUUUUUCUGGCAAUGCAACUACUGUUGAGAACGAAAAUUGGGCUCUAGAUGUCGAUUUUAUCGACUGGGAACUAACGGGCCGCUUCGUCCAAUUUUUGGAUUACAGCGGUGCCUCGCUGGUGACGCAUCUCGGUCUAGCGUCGUGGGUCGCCCAUCACAUCGUGAUGGUCUGGGCUACUAAGGAAGAUGACACCCCUAAGUGCGACUUUCUGACUGCUAUGCACUGGACGCGCAUCUUGCGCGUAACCGACCCGCGUGACCGUGUCUUUAGUUUACUUGGUCACCCUAUGGCCAUCCUUGGCGGCGAGCCUGUAAUUCAACCUGACUACACGCGUACGCGGGGGGUCAUAUACACGAGACUAGCCGUCAACUUCAUCCAGAAGACGAAAAAUCUGCACGUUGUCAGCUUUGUCGAUCACGAGAAUGACCCUUCCUUAGAGCAGCGUGAUUGGGACCCGCAGCACGAAGCUAGGAUGCCCAGCUGGGUGCCUGACUGGCAUAGUAUUAACCGUACCACACCGAUCGACUACCCGGUUGCUGCGACUGCGACUGAAGACGAUGAGAUCAGCUUCGAGGGUGGAGUUGAUUGUGAGAACGGGACAUCGCUUCCACAUCUUCUGGUACGAGGUUGGGUGAUCGACGAGAUCUCUGCUGUUUCGCGCCGCAUGGAAACGACAGACUUCCCCGUCACGCACUUGGCGCGAGAAAGGACAAAGCAAAACCCUUUCUGGCUCGAUCACGUAUGGGAGCUGAUCUACCCUACCGAACAGCAAGGUAAUACGUCUACAAGCCCCAGUUACGACGCGCUGGUUGUGCUGGACUCACUCUCAAUGACCCUCUCGCUCGGCACGCGGGAAAAGGAUGAUCCAGACAGCGAUAUAGGGUCGAAUCAGACGCUAGAGGAACACCGUCGAUCGUUUGCUGCCUACAUUCUCGAGUAUCACGAGCUGCUUCGCAGCGCGUUAUCUGAAACUGGUGACGUUGAUGAUGACAGGAGCUAUCUGCCUGUUCGCUCAGUCUUCGAUAGCCUGCCGGCCGAGGUGCAAGUUGAGCUGCGGCGGCGCGCAGAAGGCGCCACUGCUGGCGGGUUCCUUGAGUGCAUGACGUGGCCAUCAAUGUGCCGUAUCGUGUACCGUACGGCAUCGGGUCUCGUGGGCAUGGGCUCUCGCAUUACACGGCCAGGGGAUCUGGUUUGCCGAGUAAAAGGUUCGGCCGUGCUAAUGACGUUACGGAGGAUCGAUAAUUUCAACGCCAGCGAGGUAGCUGGGACGGCAACUAACACUAAGCCAGUCAUGCCAAUUCCUUGCGCUCAUAUUGGGCCUACUGUUGUACCGGCUCGUAUGAAGCAGGGAGUUAUUGAUGGCGCAGAGUUUGGCGAAAGGGUUGCAAAUUUUCGCAUCAUAUAG